GCGAGGCCGGCCCGCGGUCCCCCGUCGGCUGCCCCUCUGCGGGACUCAUUCCGGACUGAGCCCAAGAGGAGGAAGGGGUCAUGGCAGACAACUCUACCGACGGAGCCUCCGGGCCUCAGCCUCCCUUCCACGUGGCCGACGUCGUCGUCAUCGUCGUGUAUUUUGCCUUGAAUGUGGCCGUGGGAAUAUGGGCCUCGUGCCGAGUGAGCACGGACACGGUGAGCGGAUACUUCCUCGCGGGCAGGAAUGUGGCCUGGUGGCCGAUCGGUGCCUCCCUGUUUGCCAGUAGCGAAGGAUCCGGGCUGUUCAUCGGACUGGCGGGGGCGGGUGCUGCGGGCGGCCUGGCGGUAGCGGGCUUCGAGUGGAACGCUACCUACGUGCUGCUGGCCCUGGCUUGGGUGUUCUUGCCCGUCUACAUCUCCUCAGGGGUGGUCACCGUGCCAGAGUACCUCCAGAGGCGGUUCGGUGGACAGAGGAUCCGGGUGUAUCUGUCCGUCCUGUCACUCCUGCUGUCUGUCUUCACCAAGAUAUCGACGGACCUGUACUCGGGUGCCCUGUUUGUGCAGAUCUGCCUGGGCUGGAACCUGUACCUCUCCACCGUCCUGAUGCUGGCGGUCACAGCUCUCUACACCAUUGCAGGGGGACUAGCCGCUGUGAUUUAUACGGAUGCGUUGCAGACACUCAUCAUGCUAAUUGGCGCUGUCAUCUUGGCGAUUAAAGCUUUUAACCAGAUCGGGGGUUACCACCAGCUCGAGGCCACGUACAUGAAGGCCACUCCAGCCAAGGUGGUCCCCAACACCACGUGCCACCUUCCCCGGCCCGACGCCAUGCACCUUUUCCGAGAUCCCGUGGCGGGGGACCUGCCGUGGACCGGGAUGACGUUUGGCUUGACCGUCCUGGCCACCUGGUACUGGUGCACCGAUCAGGUUAUCGUCCAAAGAUCUCUCUCGGCCAAGGACCUAAACCACGCCAAAGGGGGGUCCAUCUUUGCCAGCUACCUAAAGAUGCUGCCCAUGGUCCUCAUCAUCAUGCCGGGAAUGAUUAGCCGGGCCCUCUACCCAGACGCCGUGGGCUGCGUGGAGCCGGCGGAGUGCCUGCGGGUGUGCGGUUCCGAGGUCGGCUGCUCCAACGUCGCCUACCCCAAGCUGGUGAUGGAGCUGAUGCCGAGGGGGCUGCGGGGGCUAAUGAUUGCGGUGAUGAUGGCGGCCUUGAUGUCCUCGCUGACCUCCAUCUUCAACAGCAGCAGCACCCUCUUCACCAUGGACAUCUGGAGGAGGCUCCGGGCCGGCGCCGGGGAGCGGGAGCUGCUGCUGGUGGGAAGGGUGGUCACCGUGGUCCUGGUUGCGGCCAGCGUGGUCUGGAUCCCCAUCCUGCAGAGCUCCAGCAGCGGCCAGCUCUUCGUCUACAUCCAGUCCGUCACCAGCUUCCUGGCCCCGCCCAUCACGGCCGUCUUUACCCUGGCUAUCUUCUGGAGGAGGACCAACGAGCAGGGCGCCUUCUGGGGCCUGAUGGUGGGCCUGGCGGUGGGACUGACCCGGAUGAUCCUAGAGUUUGCCCAGCCGCCGCCACGCUGUGGCCUCCCCGACUCUCGGCCGGCGAUCCUAAGGGACGUGCACUACCUCCACUUUGCCGCCCUGCUCUGCUUGCUCACCGUGGCCGUGGCCGUCGGGGUCAGCCUGCUGACAGCACCCCCCGAAGACUCCCAGAUCAAAAAUCUCACCUGGUGGACUCUCUCUGGGCACUGCCCUCCCGGAGCCAUCUCCGUGCCUAAUGGAAUCUUGGAAAACACCUCAACCAGGAGAACAACAGAUGGUGCUGAGGGUGGUGGUCCCCUGAGGAGCCCAGCCCCCAUGGUUCAAGCAGGGAGCGGAGACCUCUCCCCACCCAACCGCUGGAGCCCCGCCUCCGAAUCCGCCUUCUGGGCCCGGGUCUGCAACCUCAGCGCCCUCCUGCUGCUGUGCGUCAACGUCUUCUUCUACGCCUACUUUGCCUGAUGGUGUUUAUUCUGAGAGCGCUGUUGGGAAUGGGAGAGGAGGGGAGCGAGAAGGGGCGUGAGAGACUUGGUUCGGCCAGGUACUCCUUUCCACGGCAGCGUAUUUAGAACACGGGGAUGUCUCGCAUUAACUCGCCCCGAUGGCAUGCAACCCGCGACCCCCUGGUUCUCUCAGGAAUCACGUCUGGCUGCCCGGCUUUAAGCUGGUCUUGGGUGUGGGGCACCGGAGAGGCCUCCACAUCCUUCCUCCGGGCUGAAGUAGCUCCCAGAACCCCUGUAGAUGGUGGGCUCGACACCUUGGCAGCACCCUCCAAGUCUUGAUGCCCUCUGAUGUUCCUCUGUCAAGAACUGGAGAGACUUGGGGACCUCCACCAAUCCUCCACUCCUUAAGAUGCUACCCCCACCCAUCGGCUCUUAGCUAAGCACCCUGAACAAGACGGGAGGUCAUUUGGGAAUUAGCUGACCUUCCUCCCCAUCCCUGGCCAGGCGUUGUCGUCGUCGUCCUCCUCCUCCUCUCCCUCUAUAGCCAGGCGAUCCCCUUCCCUGAUUAGCCGUUAUUCCCCCUACCCAGUCAGCCGUUUCUCCCCUCCCCACCCCUGCCCAACCCAGCCCCUCAGCCAUCCUGCCCCCACCUGAAGAAUCUCCCCCAGCCUCCUGGGGGAACACGCUCCUCCAGCUCUGGGGCCAUCUAAGCCUGUCCACCUGCUGACAUGGAGGUUGGAGUUCCGACUGGAGAUUUUAACAGAAAAAUUGAUUCAUUAAAAUCCUAUCAGGUAACAAAAAUAAAAGAACAGUCCCCAAA